CAUGUGUCCCACCCACUAGACAACUACUUCCUGUUGUCCAUGACAUCCACACACACACACACUGAAACAAACACACACGCAGAAGGUUUUCCUGGAAUACUUUGCUGGUGUUUGCAGCAGCAUGCUCGGCCUGAUGGCGGCGGCGGGACAUGUGCGAGCAAUGUUCCUAAGAGGACGCGUGGCGGCGGCCCUGACCUCCAGCAGAGCCACCAUGGCGAGCCACGGUCACGGGGUGGACCAGAUGUCCAAGUCCAAGUACUGGGACAGUGUGGACACGCCGCUGCCUGACAGGCCUUUCAAGGACAAGCUGAGUGCUGCAGACAAGAGCCUGAAACAAAAGGAGAAAGGACCCUGGCAGCAGCUGAGCAAAGAGGAGAAGAUAGCCUUGUACCGCCUGAUGUUCCGUCAGACCUACCCUGAGAUCAAUCAGAAAACAGACGAGUGGAAGACGGUGGUGGGCGCCUCUUUCAUCUUCCUGGGCUUCACCGGUCUGCUGGUCUGGUGGCAGGCAGUCUAUGUGUACCCGCCACGCCCCCCGACCUUUGAUGCCGAGCUGCAGGCCAAACAGGUGCAGAGGAUGCUGGACAUGAGGAUCAAUCCCGUCGAAGGGUUCUCCUCCAAGUGGGACUACGAGAAAGGCCAGUGGAAGUAAAACACAAAUGAAGUGGAACAUACUAAAAGGAAGCAGAAAAAUCACCACUGCUGCUGUCUUUUAAAAAUGAGCAGAUCAAUAAAGCUUGACUCCGUCCAA